AUGGGAGGUCAAUGGGAUGAAGUAGUCGCAAUCUACAGGGAUAACACCGCAGCUUACGAAGCAAGAAUCACCAAGUCAGGAGACACGGCAUUGCACAUAGCAGUCAAUGGCGGCCCAGAAUAUGUAGUACAAAAGCUUGUAGAUAUAAUUUCCAAACAGCCCAAUGAAGUCAGGCGGAACGGUUUAAAAGUUGCUAAUAAGCGAGGCAAUACCCCUCUCCAUCUUGCAGCUUCGAUGGGGAAUGCCAAGAUGUGCAGUUGCAUUGCUAGUCAAGAACGAUCUUUGGUGGGUGUCCGUAACAAUGACAAUGAGACCCCAUUCUUCUUGGCUGCUCUGCAUGGUAAAAAAGAUGCUUUCCUUUGUCUCUAUAACAUUUGUGGCCAUGAUGAAGGCCGUUUAUAUUAUAGGAGAAAGGAUGGUGAAACUAUUCUUCAUGUUGCCAUCUCUGGAGAUUAUUUUGAUUUAUCGUUUCAGAUUAUUCAUUUGUAUGAGGAGCUUGUUAACUGUGUGGACGACCGAGGAAUAUCCCCUCUUCAUCUCUUAGCAGGCAAACCUACUGCCUUUAGAAGUGGUAGCCACCUUGGAGGCUACAAGAAGAUCAUAUAUAACUGUACUUUUGUUGAAGAGCUUAAGGUCGAGGAAUCGAUAUCAAAUGUUGUACAACGUCAGCCCUUAAAUAUUCAAGCAUCCCAGGACGUUAACCAUAACCGUUAUCCAAAGAACUACCAAACAUGCUGUAAUUUCUUCUCGCUUCUGAAGAAAGCCGUUCAAGUGGUAAUGAAGCUUUAUAAAGAUAGAAAACCCCAGACAGGAGAUACUGAGAAUCAACAAGGAACGCAAUCAGCUACUAGAGCUCGAGGACACCGAUUAGUGCCUUCUAAUUAUCAUACCUGCUUUGAGUUUUUCAAGCUUAUGUCCAAGGCAAUGCUAGUCAUUCUUGGAUUAGGAUCAUCGGCGAUAACAAAGUUAGAGGAGGAGAAGAAGAAACAUAAGUGGUCUGUUCAGAUCAUGAACGAACUUAUUCAACAAACCAUCAUGUAUGAGUAUGAGCAUGAUGGAAGUAGUCCCCUGCCAAGUGAAGUUGAUGAAAGCCAACCUUACGCUUUUGGAGUUGGUGGUAGUGUUACAUACUCGAAUCACAUGGAACUACAUGAAAACCACCAGGUAAUGACAAGGGAUGACCAAACAAACCAAAAGAACCAAAGCACUGGAGAGGAUAGCAAAAACAAGGAUGGCGAAGGGGUGAAGGAUAAAACUUCUGAAACGGGAAAGAUGAAACAAAAAAUAGAAAUGAGGGAGACGCCCAUAUUGAUUGCGGCAAAGAAUGGUGUUGUGGAAAUGGUGGAGAAAAUAAUAGAAAAAUUUCCUGUGGCAAUACACGACGUGAAUGCAGAUAAGAAGAACAUAGUUCUAUUGGCUGUAGAGAACAGGCAACCACAUGUAUACAAGUUCUUGCUCUCGCUGGAGAGAGCUAUCAUGAAAGAAAGCAUCUUCCGUCAAGUAGACAACAAGGGAAACAGUGCAUUACACCUUGCUGCCACACUAGGAGACUAUAAACCUUGGCGCAUUCCAGGUGCUGCUUUACAGAUGCAAUGGGAAAUCAAGUGGUACGAGUUUGUCAAGAACUCGAUGUCACCCCACUUCUUUGUUCGUUACAACGAGGAAGGGAAGACCCCAAAGGACAUAUUCACUCGAACGCACACAGACCUUGUGAAAAGUGGUGGGGAAUGGCUAACAAACACGUCUGAAUCAUGCUCUGUGGUAGCUGCACUAAUUGCGACGGUAGCCUUCGCAACAUCAUCCACCGUCCCAGGAGGUGUUAACGAGGGAAGUGGAAGUCCAGUCCUUGAAUAUCAACCCGCAUUCAAAGUGUUUGCCAUAUCAUCCCUCGUUGCUCUCUCUUUCUCAGUCACGGCCGUGGUAAUGUUUCUUGCAAUACUAACUUCUCGAUACCAAGAGAGCGAUUUUGGCCAAGAUUUGCCGAGGAUGCUUUUGGUUGGACUAACAUCACUGUUUAUAUCCAUAGCUUCUGUAUUGAUAUCUUUUUGUGCGGGACAUUUCUUUGUGCUUAGAGAUGAACUCAAGUAUUCAGCAUAUCCAGUAUAUGCAGGGACUUGCCUGCCAGUGACUUUCUUUGCUAUGGCACAGUUUCCCUUGUAUUUUGAUCUUGUGUGGGCUACCUUUAAGAAGGUGCCACAGCGUAGCUACAUGCCGGUUGCCUAG